CUGGAUAGACCGUCAACACCAUUAAUAGAUCGUGGGAUUGCGUUGCACAAGAUGAUCAGGCUUAUAACUAUGGGAUUAGGAGGAGAAGGAUACCUAAAUUUCAUGGGAAAUGAAUUUGGCCACCCUGAGUGGAUUGAUUUCCCUAGGGCUGAACAACACCUCCCUGAUGGACAAGUGAUUCCCGGAAACAAUUUCAGUUAUGAUAAAUGCAGACGGAGAUUUGAUCUGGGAGAUGCCGAUUAUUUAAGAUACCAUGGGUUGCAAGAAUUUGACCAGGCCAUGCAGCAUCUUGAAGAGAGAUAUGAGUUUAUGACAUCAGAACACCAGUACAUAUCACGAAAGGAUGAAGGAGAUAGGAUGAUUGUAUUUGAAAGAGGUGACCUUGUUUUCGUCUUUAAUUUUCACUGGACAAAUAGUUAUUCGGACUAUCGCAUAGGCUGCCUGAAGCCUGGAAAAUACAAGGUUGUCUUGGACUCAGAUGAUCCACUUUUUGGUGGCUUUGGAAGAAUAGAUCACAAUGCCGAAUAUUUCACCUUCGAAGGGUGGUAUGAUGACCGUCCUAGUUCCUUUAUGGUGUAUGCACCUAGCAGAACGGCAGUGGUCUAUGCACUAGUAGACAAAGACCAAGAAGUAGCUGUUGAAGAAUGAAUGGACUUGUUGAAAGAUGUGAACACCACCCACCCGGUUAUCCAGAUAAGCUUCUUGACAAGUCGGGCGCUAUUGCAUCAGUCCUGGCGGAGUUUCAUGUGACAAAGGUUUGCAGUUCUUUCCCCUACUAGCAGAGCAAUCUGCGCAGAGCUGAAGUGCUGAAGAAGCAUGUAAAAUCGAAACUUAUGUCAAACUGCUGGACUGGCUUCAGCAGGUUUUGCUUAGGAGUUCAUAUUGCAUUCUGUAAAUUAUCAUCUAGCUGAGCCAGUGAGAGGUAGCAGUAAGAUCUCUUUACAUGUACAGCCAACUUGAUAUCAACUAUAUGACCUAAUAUACAAUAAGUAUAAAAUGGAAACAGAGCUGAUCUAAUGAUAUUUCAUUGGGCUCAAAAUUGGUGGCUUAAAA